CUUUUCUUCCAUCUUCUUCAAGCUUUGGAUAAUUUGGUUGGCCGCCUUGAAACAGAGAGCGAGAAAGCUUGAUUAUUUCAAAUGAGAAUGGAAGAAAAAGCCCAAAAGCAUUAGUGAGGGACCGUUUCCUUCGUCUACACAUCUCUUUCAAGCUUGUUUAAUUGCGUAUUAUUUCUAUUAUCUCAAAGAUAGCGAUUAUGUAUUCAAGUUUGACAAAGAGUCAAGCAUUUCCCCUGGCUAUUAGGGUUUCUUCACAGCCGCCGAGAUGCUUCAAGACAUGCCUCAUAACAAAGCCGCAACUUUUAGCUGAUGGUACGCCUAGUGGUCGUAAACGCUCUGUAAGUCUUGAUUCAUUGAAAUUUGGGAAGCUCCCGUUUGUUAGUUAUGCAAACUAUAAGAUGUCUGUCGGAAAUGGGGUUUGCUUUAUACGUGCUCAACAGAACAACUCACUGACAGGAGGGAGAACUUUCUCGAGCUCUCAUGCUCAGGAAAUAGUUAAUGACAGUAGUGAUAAUGUUGUUGAUAAAGGUGAAACACUUCCUUGGUUGGAAAAAAAUGCAUUUAGGGAAGCUAAGAAAUUGAAUAGAUCAAGUAGUGGUUUAAAGAAAAUUCGAUCUUCUUGGGAGGAGUCAGCUGAUAAGUUCCUUAAAACUGGCUCAUCAACAGAAGAACAACAUCGAAAGGUCUCUCAGACUUGGUCAAACAAUCAUAGGGAAAAAGAUGAGGUGGUGAAGGUAGAGGAAGUGGAAAUGGAAAAGGAAGAGGAGGGAGAUGUUGAUCCAAGAUGGGAUAAGAUAAAGGAUAGGUUCAACAACAGAAUUGGUGGUGAUAUGAAUCGAAGGUCUGGCAGUUAUGAGCAACAGAGGUGGAACAAUCGCGAAACGUGGGGUAGAAAGACAUGGAAUGAGGCUGCUACAGAAUCGUCAAUUCCAAAGAUGGUUGGGGAAGGGGUUUAUGGGGUUGGCCCGGUUUUAGCUGCAUUAUUGGCAGAAAGGAGAGAGUUUUAUAGGUUGUAUGUACAAGAAGGAAUUGACUUGAGCAGCAAUAAUAGAAAGAAAAAGGACAAGAAAGGAUUUGAGAGAGUCUUAAAGAUAGCUGAAAGAAUGGGUUUAAGCGAGAGACAAGUGUCGAAACAUGACCUAAAUAUGAUUGUAGAUAAUCGGCCUCAUCAAGGUCUGGUCUUAGAUGCUUCCCCGCUUGAAAUGGUGAACAUAAAACAACUGGACCCUUUUUCAGACAAUGAAGACGAUGAAGAGGGAAAAGCACCGCUUUGGGUUGCUUUGGAUGAGGUGACCGAUCCCCAGAAUCUCGGGGCAAUUGUUAGGUCAUCUUACUUCUUUGGAGCUUCGGGAGUUGUGAUGUGCGCAAAGAAUUCUGCCCCAUUGAGCGGUGUUGUAAGCAAAGCAAGUGCCGGUUCAUUGGAGUUCAUGGAGCUUAGAUCUUGUAAAAACAUGAUGCAAUUCCUGACAUCAUCUGCCGAAAAUGGAUGGAGAGUUAUUGGGGGUUCAGUUUCUCAGAAAGCCACUUCACUGAAUGCGAUUCAGCCGGGCGCACCCACGAUUCUUGUCCUAGGAAGUGAAGGGACCGGACUUAGACCACUGGUGGAGAGAUCUUGUACUCACUUGGUUAGAAUUCAUGGGAAUAUCAUGGCUACUGCUACUGAAGAUGGCCAUAACAGGGAAACAACAGACAGUGGUCAAGAGUUCCAUUCUUUUAUGGCUGUGGAAAGCUUGAAUGUAAGUGUUGCAGCAGGUGUGCUUCUACAUCAUCUCAUUGGAAGAACCAACUCAACUACUUAGAACAAGGUAGUUAGAAGAAAAUCAUCUCUAGUUCAUGUUUCUAGAUUUAAUGUAGACAACAUUUUUCUUAACAAAACUGUUGUUGUUUAAACCUCAUGCUUACAGUCUUAAUUUUCUUUUAUUGCUAAGAAAUUUGAGAAUU